AACCAGUUGUUAGUCUAAAUCCACAUGCGAUAAGGUCAACAAGUCUAAAAUGAAUUCGGAUGAAGUUACGGACGUUCUUGUAUUUUUUGUGAAUGGAAAGAAGGUCGAAGAUAGUGCGGUUGACCCAGAAUGGACACUGUUACAAUACCUGAGAAACAAAUUGAGAUUGUGCGGGACGAAAUUAGGAUGCGCAGAAGGUGGAUGCGGCGCUUGUACCGUCAUGGUAUCAAAAUACGACAGGACAAGAAGAAAAGAAAUUCAUUAUCCCGUGAACGCGUGUUUGGCACCGGUGCUUUCGAUGCACGGUUUGGCAGUGACAACAGUAGAAGGCAUCGGCUCAACAAGAACUAAACUCCAUCCAGUGCAAGAACGUAUUGCCAAAGCCCACGGUUCGCAAUGCGGCUUUUGCACCCCAGGAAUUGUCAUGUCCAUGUACACCCUUCUAAGAAACUCCCCCAAACCGUCCAUGAAACAAAUGGAAGUGGCAUUCCAAGGUAACCUUUGCAGAUGCACUGGAUACAGACCAAUCAUCGAAGGCUACAGAACCUUCACCGAAGAGUGGGAAUUGCAACAACAGGUGGGAACAAUGAAAAACGGGAACGGUAUGGUAAAUGGGUGCGGCAUGGGCGAUAAGUGUUGCAAGCUACAAAACAACAAAUCCGAUGAAGAAGUUUUGUUUAAGACCAGUGAAUUCACGCCUUACGAUCCGUCGCAAGAACCCAUUUUCCCACCAGAAUUGAAACUGUCCAACAAGUACGACCGACAGUAUCUUAUAGUCAAAGGCACCAACGUCACCUGGUAUAGACCAACCAAAUUAUGCGAAGUUCUGGAUCUUAAAGCGAAAUAUCCAGCAGCCAAAAUCGUUGUGGGUAACACUGAAGUAGGGGUCGAAGUCAAAUUUAGAAACAUUAUCUAUCCUGUGAUCAUACAACCUGUGCAAAUUACCGAGAUGUUGCAGCUGCAACAAGUUGCAACGGGUGUUAGAAUUGGUGCGGCUGCUACAUUAAUCGAUGUAGAAAAUUAUUUGAGGGAAGUCAUCAAGAAAGAAGGCGAAAGCAAAACGAGGAUUUAUGCCGCUAUGGUUGAUAUGCUCAAUUGGUUUGCCGGUAAACAAAUUCGAAGCGUUGGUGCUCUUGGUAGCAAUAUCAUGAAUGGCAGUCCAAUUUCGGAUAUGAUUCCACUUCUCAUUGCGGCAAAAGUGCAACUAGAACUCCACAGUAAAAAUGGUACUAGAACAGUUAUCAUGGAUGACAAGUUCUUCACAGGUUACAGAAGAUCAAUUGUAAAGCAAGAGGAAUUACUAGUAUCAAUACUAGUACCGUUUACUUCAGAAAACCAGUAUUUCCAAGCAUAUAAACAGGCUCGUAGACGAGAAGACGACAUAGCUAUUGUAAAUCAAGCUGUAAAAGUUACAUUUAAACCAAAAACUGAUAUAAUCGAAGACAUUUCGUUUGGAUUUGGCGGUAUGGCUGCCACGGUUAAAAAUGCCCCGAAAACUGAGCAAACAUUAAAGGGCAUGGCUUGGAACCAAAAAACCUUGGAAGUUGCUUAUGAUUGUCUGCUGGAGGAUUUGCCUUUGGAUCCGGGAGCACCCGGGGGUAUGAUAAACUAUAGAAAAUCACUGGCGCUUAGCCUGUUCUUUAGAUCGUACCUGGCGAUCUCCAAACAAAUCUCUCAGAUCCUCCCAAAUUUGAGGCUGGAUGCCAGAGAAUUGUCGGGAAUACAUGGAUUCCACGGCGGGGAACUAAAGAGUUCCCAGUACUUUACAGUAGUACCGGAUACUCAAUCCAAAAACGACGCGUUGCAAAGGCCUAUUGUACACAUGUCCGCUUAUAAACAAGCGGCAGGCGAGGCGGUCUAUUGCGAUGACAUCUCCCCAUUCAAUGAUGAAUUGUAUUUAGCUUUCGUGCUUAGUACCAAACCUCAUGCCAAAAUCAUUAACAUUGAUGCCACUGAAGCUUUGGCGAUGAAGGGAGUGCAUGACUUUGUGUCUGCCAAAGAUAUUAGUAAACAGCAUAACGUAUGGGGAUCUGUUAUACAUGAUGAGAAAGUGUUUUAUUCCGAUGAGGUAACCAGCCAAGGACAAAUCAUUGCAGCUAUUGUGGCUGACAAUCAAACCAUUGCUCAAAGAGCGGCUAAAAAAGUUAAAGUAGAAUAUGAAGACAUUCAGCCAGUUAUUAUAACGAUAGAGGACGCGAUCAAGCACGAAUCUUACUUCGAUCACCCCUUCUGUUCGACCAGAUUUAGACAAAUUGUUAAGGGUGACGUUGAAAAAGUAUUCAAAAAAGCUAAGCACGUUUUGGAAGGCGAAUGUCGGAUGGGCGGUCAAGAACAAUUCUAUCUUGAAACCCAAGGUGUUAUCGCUGUACCAAAAACUGAAGAUGGAGAAAUGGAAAUCUUUUCAUCAACUCAAAACCCAACUGAAGUUGCUAAAUUGGUGGCGGAAGUUUUGGGUGUGCAACAAAACAAAGUUCAUUGUAAAGUUAAACGUCUGGGGGGAGGUUUUGGAGGUAAAGAGUCGAAAGCGGCGAUGAUUGCUAUUCCAGUUUGCGUGGCUGCUAGAAAACUUGGUCGACCCAUAAGAUGUAUGCUUGAUAGAGAUGAGGACAUCAUUAUGACCGGCGCCAGACAUCCCUUCAAGUUUAUUUAUAAAGUCGCUUUUGAUGAUGAUGGAAAAAUCCUCGCUUUAGACGCAAAAGUCUACAACAACUGUGGUUACGCCUUAGACUUGUCAUUAUCCGUUUUGGAACGGGCCAUGACACAUAUAGAAAACGCCUACAAAAUUCCGGUGGUCAAACUGAUUGGUUACCCUUGUAAAACAAAUUUACCAUCCAAUACAGCGUUCAGAGGGUUCGGUGGACCGCAAGGCAUGUAUGCUGCAGAAUGUAUCCUGCAGGAUAUCGCCGAUUAUUUGAACAAAGAUCCUGUCAAGCUCAGUGAACUUAAUCUGUACAAGGAAGGCGACACCACACACUAUAACCAGAAACUAAUUAAUUGCACAUUAGAUAAAUGUUGGAAGGAGUGCAUCGAAUCGUCGAGGUACUACGAGAAGAGGAAACAAGCCGAAAAAUUCAACAGGGCAAACAAGUAUAAGAAAAGAGGUCUAAGUGUUGUGCCAACAAAAUACGGUAUAGCUUUCACUGCACCCUUUUUGAAUCAAGGUGGGGCGUUGAUUUUGGUAUAUACUGAUGGUUCAGUACUUUUAUCUCAUGGUGGAGUGGAAAUGGGUCAAGGAUUGUACACUAAAAUGAUUCAGGUUGCCAGCAGAACUCUAGAAAUACCCGUCGACUUGAUACACACCAGCGAAACUUCAACAGACAAAGUACCGAACACUUCUCCAACUGCUGCCAGUUCAGGAUCCGAUCUCAAUGGCAUGGCAGUUAUGCAAGCCUGUCAGACGAUUAAGGAUAGGCUGAAGCCGUACAGGGAACAAUACCCAGACAAGGACUGGAAAUUCUGGGUCAGCAAAGCCUACUUCGACAGAGUUAGUCUUUCAGCAACCGGUUUUCACAAAACCCCGGACAUUGGGCACAAUUGGGAAACCGGUGAAGGUAACAUGUUCAACUACUUCACUUACGGAGUGGCUUGUACGGAAGUGGAAAUCGAUUGCCUCACCGGCGACCACCAAGUACUAAGCACCGAUAUUGUGAUGGACCUGGGUGAGAGUUUGAACCCCGCAAUCGACAUAGGCCAAAUCGAAGGCGCGUUCAUGCAAGGAUACGGUUUGUUCGUCCUCGAGGAGAUGGUUUACUUCCCCAACGGGGCGACGUUCACCAGAGGUCCGGGUACUUACAAACUGCCUGGAUUUGCGGACAUUCCGCUGGAAUUCAACGUGUCUUUGCUUAAGGGCGUGUCGAAUCCCAGGGCCGUUUAUUCGUCAAAAGCUGUCGGGGAACCUCCACUGUUUCUUGCUAGUACGGUACUGUAUGCGAUUAAGGAUGCCGUAAAAGCUGCCAGGCAGGAAACUGGUGUUAAAGGUCAAGUUAAAAUUGAUUCGCCCGCUACUUCUGCGAAAAUUCGAAUGGCUUGUUUGGAUAAUAUUACCUCAAAGAUGACUGUACCUGAACCUGGAUCCUUCAAACCGUGGAAUGUUGUAGCUUAAAUUUGUGAUUUUAUUUAUAAUUCCCAAAUAAAGAUAUUUUUGUUAA